UAUUUCGAAAUGCCAUUCAAUAAUUUGUAUGGACGAGCCGCAUCAUAACCCCAUCAAUAAAGUAAACUCUUUGCCUUACAAGACUGCAACUCCAAGCUCAAGUCAACUGAUACAAAUGAACCAAUCCGCCAACCCAAAACACAAAAAUUUAUCAAAGUCAAGCGCCGUUAUUUAAGAACAUUUGGGAGGGGAAUCAAACAGCACUCACAUUGUCCUAUUUGCUAUAUUGGCAGCUUCUUAUUCUUCAGCCUCUUACUGCAACUUGUCCAACGAUCAAUGUCAUCCAAGUAUCUCACUUUGACAAUCAUGACACCCUCAUGAAGAGUCAUAGAUGCAAAGUACUUAUCAUUGUGUUAUCUGGUUAUAAGCGCAGUAACCAUAAGAGCCAAACACACUGGGAGAGAAGCAAAAGCUGUUACCUUUUACCAGUUUCAAUGGCAAAGCUUGACAAAAACCAAGUAGUGCCACUCUUUCUCACUUCCUUUCUCCUGUUGUCUUGCCUUCAAUCAACCUUGGCUUCCACUGCAGACGAAGUCCGAGCUCUGCUGAAAUGGAAAGAGGGUCUCAGGAACCAAUCCAUCCUCAGCUCAUGGGCUAUCCCAGCAAACCGAAGUUCGAAUUCCUCUGCUGCUAGUCCCUGCCGGUGGUUUGGAAUAGCCUGUGACGAAUCAGGAAGCGUGACAGAGAUUAACUUGUCGUACCUUGACAUGACAGGUACCUUGCAGAACCUCAACUUCUCUUCGUUCCCAAAUCUUCUUCGACUCGAUCUUAAAUACAACCAGUUCACUGGCACCAUCCCACCCACCAUUGGCUUGCUUUCCAAGCUCCAGUUCCUUGAUCUCUCCACAAAUUCCCUCAAUGGCACUAUCCCACUCUCUAUUUCCAACCUCACUCGGGUUUAUGAGCUUGACCUUUCUAGAAAUAACAUAACCGGAACUCUGGACCCCCGCUUCUUCGCCAGAACUGGCCUUGUUAGCCUGAGAAAUUUUCUUCUCCAAACCACUGGCUUAGGUGGCAGAAUCCCAGAGGAAAUAGGAAACCUGAAGAAUCUUUCCCUCAUAGCGUUUGAUGAGAACCAGUUUUCUGGUCCUAUCCCUACUUCUAUGGGCAACUUGACAGAGUUAACCAUCCUUCGCCUCAACUCCAAUCAACUCUCGGGAUCAAUACCGCCAGGUUUAGCAUUCUUGACCAAGCUGACUGAUGUCCGCUUGUUCAGGAACCAAUUGUCUGGUAUAGUACCUUCAGAGUUAGGGAACCAUUCUUCCUUGAUAAUCCUACACUUAGCAGAGAACAACUUCACCGGCCAUUUGCCACCGGAAGUCUGUAAUGACGGGAAGCUGGUGAAUAUCAGUGCUGCAUACAACAAUUUCUCUGGUCCAAUCCCGAGAAGUCUCCGAAACUGUCCUCCCUUGUUCAGAGUCCGUCUCGAGUACAAUCAACUAGAAGGCGUUUUGGAGGAAGACCUUGGGAUAUACCCUAAUCUCACUUACAUGGAUCUGAGCUACAACAACUUGACAGGUCAAGUCUCUCCCAAAUGGGCAGAAAGCCAAAACCUGACGUAUCUAGCACUUGCUGGGAACUUCUUGAGUGGGGAAAUCCCAAAUGAGAUUCUUCAACUCAGCAAGCUGGUAGUUCUUGACAUCUCUGAGAAUCAAAUUUCAGGAGAGAUCCCAGAUGAGAUCGGAAACUUAACCCGAUUGGCGAGUUUAAGCCUAAAGGGAAACAGGAUUUCAGGUCAGAUUCCAGUUGGGAUAGGAACAUUGUCAAGCUUGCAGUCUCUAGACCUUUCAACGAACAUGUUAAGCGGCUCAAUUCCAUCUCAACUUGGAGACUGCUCUCGGUUGCAGCAACUGGGACUCAGCAGCAACAAUCUCAGUGGGAGCAUUCCAUAUGAGAUUGGCAAUCUAGAAGCUCUACAGGAUUUGCUUGAUUUGAGUUACAAUUCGUUGACAGGGGAAAUACCUUCUCAGUUCAGCAAGCUUACCAGGCUAGAAAACUUGAACCUCUCCCACAACAGUCUCUCUGGUUCAAUCCCUCGUUCAAUGAGGGAAAUGCUGAGCUUGGUCUCUCUCGAUCUCUCCAACAACGACUUGGAAGGGCCGAUUCCCGAUAGCGACGCCUUCCUUUCAGCUCCAUCGAAUGCUUAUUCCAACAACAAAGGCGUGUGCGGCCAAUCGCAAGGAUUGAGAGCCUGCGAUUCCACCGUUUCCACGGGCAGCAGCUCCAAUCGUUCGAACAGGAGAAACAGAACAGCAAUAAUCAUCGGCGCCCCCGCAGGCGCGCUGUUCCUUCUGCUCGCCGUAAUUGGAAUCCUAGCAUUUCUCCGCAGCCGGAGUUCAGAAUCCGCAGUGAGAGAGGAAACAAGCAGAUUCACCGACGAAGAUCCAAUUUCGGUCUGCUACUUCACCGGCAAAAUCACAUACGACGACAUCAUCCAGUCCACGAAGAACUUCGACGAGAGCUACUGCAUCGGGGAAGGAGCCACCGGGAAAGUUUACAAGGCGGCGACUCCCGAGAGCCGCCGAGUCCUGGCCGUCAAGAAGCUAAACCCUUCCUCCCCCCCGCCGACGGCGGGAAACACGGAGGAGGAACUGAAGAGCUUCGCCAGCGAAGUGGCGGCGCUGACGGAGCUGCGCCACCGCAACAUCGUCAAGCUGUACGGAUUCUCCACCGGCGGCGACCACACGUUCCUGGUGUACGAGUUCAUGGAGAAGGGGAGCUUGGCGGAUGUGCUGAGGAGCGACGGCGCGGCGGCGGAUCUCGAUUGGGAGAAGCGGAUCGAGAUCGUCAGAGGCGUCGCCGACGCCUUGUCGCACAUGCACCACGACGUCGUUCCCGCGGUGAUCCAUCGGGACGUGUCGAGCAAGAACGUGCUGCUGAACUCGGAUCUCGAGGCCCGGGUUUCGGACUUCGGGACCGCCAAGUUUCUCAAGCCCGAUUCCUCCAACUGGACCGCGUUUGCCGGGACUUACGGAUAUGCGGCCCCAGAGCUGGCGUACACGAUGGCGGUGAGUGAGAAGUGCGACGUGUACAGUUUCGGCGUUCUGGUGCUGGAAGUGGUGAUGGGGAAGCAUCCAGGGGAGCUUCUGACGCGUUUGAAUUCGUCGGCCGGCGGCCGGGGGAUCCAGCUGGAAGAUAUAGCAGAUGAACGGCUGCCGAUUCCGGGCGGGGAAGAGGAAAAGCUCUGGACGAAAUUGGCGCUGGUUUUCAAAAUCGGCGUUUCUUGUAUCGUGACUAGCCCGGAGUUGCGGCCGAGCAUGCGAAACGUUUCGAGACUCCUUGAAAGGCAGUUGUAGCCAGCGGGGGAAUGUUGAGUGAUUGUACACCUGCGACAGAUAUUUUAAUUUGAAUGUUCUUAAAGAUAGUAGGACGAUUGUUGGUACCAAUAUUGGAAUGUAAUGUGUGGUGUAUUUUAUCUUAUCUAUUUACAUUAAUCAAUAUGCCAGCUUUUGG